AUGAAGGGAACCAGAUGGAGUCAUGACUAUGAUUCAAAAAUUCUUGAUUUCUUCAAGUUAGGCAACAGAGGAACUAAAUUCACAACUAUUAGAGAAUGUUUUUGGUUGCUGCCACCAAGAGGUUUUGUCCUGUUUUGCUGUAAUGGAACUGCAAUAGGGGAUCCAGGACUGGAAGGAUUUGGUAUAAUUGCCAGAGACCAUGAAAGUAAUGUUAUUGGAACCAUUUCAGUAGGUCUGGGAAUGGAUUCUAGUUAUAUAGAUAAAUCUUUUGCAGUUGUAUGGGCUAUUGAAUGGGCAAUAAAUUUAAAAUGUGACAAAAUCAUUAUUAGAUCAGAUUCAAAAACAGUAAUAGAAGACUUUCAAGAAGAAUCAAUUCAAUGGUGCUUCAAAACAAGGUGGCUCAGGGCUAAAUCUUGCUUAGUUCAAAUCUGCUAUGAGCAUUGCUAUAAGGAGACCAACUUCUCAGCUGAUAGCUUAGCUAAAAAGGGAGUAAAGUUGCAGAUGAGAGAAAUUGAACAUCAUGCUGGAAGACCAGCUCAUUUGAUUAAAAUAGAAAUGCCAAAUAGGAAAUAUUACAGAUUUUUUUAG